CCAAGAGAGCACCGUUUCCCUCCAACCAAUCAGCGAACUCAAUCACAGGUAUGUACACCAAUCCGAACUCAAUAGAAUCUUUCUGAAUCCUCCAGACAUGACUCUCUCAGGGGAUGGUGUUGUCUCUCUAACUAUCAAUUGUAAAGAUAAAGAAACUGUGUGUUUUUGUUCUUAUAAGGUUUCAUGAAUAACACAAGCCUGACUCUUCAAACUCAUCCAUUGAUAUAGUAAACCAUCUUUCCCUGAACCUCUUUGUUCAUUUUUCAAACUUUACUUCAGUGUCAGACUCAAAACCUGAGGAAGAUGACGAUGAUGAUGAGGAGAAGUUUGAGGAUGAAGAAGAGGAAGCUGAGCAGGAAAGGCAGAAGAUGCAGAUAGGAGAGCAGGCAAACACGGCUGGAGGAGAGAGCAGUACAGGAGGCAGCCAUGGUGUUGUGAAAAAGUAUGUCUUCAAAGUCACCUGUGGGGCCAUCAAUGGAAUGCUACAUAAGGAUCGGUUUGCAUCAGGUACAUAUAUGAUUUUCAAGGUGUAAUAAACAUAGCCCUAUGUAGUAGCUACAUAAUUGUGAUACUCCAUACCCAUAACAGAUUGGUUAAUGGAAAGUCUCUCAAGGAAUCUUUCAGCUAAGCUAUUCUUGGCGAUACAUUCUUUGUUCUCGGUAAAAAGUGUAUCUUAUAAAUGUCAGUGUCCAGUUGCAGGUGGUUCUCCAAAACCAGAGAAUAUUCAGAAAGAUAUUAAAUCCACGUUUUGUAUCGAGUUAUAAAUAAGUCUUGCAUGUGUGUAGAUCUUUGUUUUGGUCACACUGUUUGACGCACUGACGUCUACUUCUACACGUGGUCACAUAGAAACGACUAGUCCCUGCAAAGAUGUUGGGAAAUACAAGAUUUCUGGCAGCUAAAAUUGCGAGGGAACUCCUCCCUCUGCGCAAAACCUGGAUUUAAUAUCUUUCUGAAUAUAAUCUGUUUUUUGGAGAACCACCUGCAACUGAACACAGACAUUUAUAAGAUACACUUUUUACCGACUCGAGAACAAAGCAAGUAUCGGCAAGAACAGAUUAGUUGAAACAUUUCUUGCAGGGCUUUCCAUUACCCAAUCUGUAACAUAUCCCGUUAACAAUUUUGUAGCUAAGACCUAUGUAACUCCGGUCCAAAUUAGUACACUAUUAAGGUAUGAAUAGGGUAUGAAGUGAGAUUUGACUUGUUUCCGUGUCUCUAUGGCUCAGGGUUGUGUGGGAAGAGUAUCCGUACAAAGAAGCGCUGGGUGACACCAGUGGAGUUUGUGAGGGAGGAGUCAGCCCUGCCAGAUCCCUCCUGGAAGAAAGUCAUCCAGUGGGACGGGAAACCACUCAGCGUCCUCAUCAAGGUACGCAGAGUGAGAGAACAGAGAGAGAGAGAGAGAAAGAGAGAGAGAGAAAAAAAACAGAGAGAGAGAGAGCAAAAACAGAGAGAGAAAGAGAGAACAGAGCGAGAGAGAUGUGUUUUGUUCUUACCAAACAACUGUAGUAGAACCGUUGUCGAUUGAUUAAUGGUCAAUGUUUGUUUGCCUCUCCCUUUCAGAGUGGGGUUUUGGGAAUCCACUCCGUCCAGUGUCCAUGCAAGCUGUGCAGCACCACGACCAAAGACGUGGUAAGUUCCCCCCUCGACCCUCAAGCAAUACGAUGGAACCCACUCUCAAUCAAUCACCUCAUUUAAACAGAUGUUUCAGUAGUAAUUAUGAUUUCCAGGAUGUUUCUUAACAUCACUGUAUCGGGUAUUAUUGUUAACCAUUUCCUUCACACCUUCCUCUCUUCUAUAAAAUCUUCUUCAAAACUGAAAAACGUAUCUCAGUACAGUAAAAUAAAUCAUGAUUCUCUAUCUUUUGCACCAAUUGACAUAUUCCGCAGGUCUUGUUCCUGCCAUCAAAAUAAUAUCAUCAGCAUUUCAUCAUCAUAUCUUAAUCCAAUAUUUAACUGUUUAAUUUAUUUUGCCAAAGCAUUAAUAAACAUAGCAAACAGAAUCGGUGAUAAGGCGUCUUCUUGUUUUACACCGGAGGGGGUGGGAAACAAAUCUGUACAAUAUUCGUUAACACACAAACAGGCAGUUGGUGCUUUAUUGUUAACCAAUUCCUUCUCACCUUUCUCUCUUCUCUGUCUUGGCAGCACGAUCAGGACAAUGAUGACGACUGCUUCAUCUGUAGAAGCCAGGGCAGCUUGAUAUGCUGUGAUAAGUGUCCUCUCUCUUUCCAUCAGAGAUGUCACCUUCCUAAUGUGGAUGACGCUAUGCUGGGGUGAGAAGAGUUGAGGUCUGUUUGUUCUGUGUGGGGACACUCAACUGUCAGCUUAUUAGUGCACUAUUGUAAUGUUUAUUUGUGUUUGUGUGUGCGUGCAUACGUAUGUUCGGGUGUGCAUACAUGCGUGCAUGCUUUGUGUGUAUGUGGUGUAUCAACACAGGGAUAAUAUUCAGUGGAUGUGUACAUUCUGUGUACUGAGGGACAGUCAGUCGUGGCAUUACCCCAAACAAAGGACCUACCAGGAAGCCUUGACCUGCCAAAUCUCUGACCACCAACUGGUGAGAAUCAAGCAAUCAUAUACAGUGAGGGAAAAAAGUAUUUGAUCCCCUGCUGAUUUUGUAUGUUUGCCCACUGACAAAGAAAUGAUCAGUCUAUAAUUUUAAUGAUAGGUUUAUUUGAACAGUGAGAGACAGAAUAACAACAAAAAAAUCCAGAAAAACGCAUCUCAAAAAUGUUAUAAAUUGACUUGCAUUUUAAUUAUGGAAAUAAGUAUUUGACCCCCUCUCAAUCAGAAAGAUUUCUGGCUCCCAGGUGUGUUUUAUACAGGUAACGAGCUGAGAUUAGGAGCACACUCUUAAAGGGAGUGCUCCUAAUCUCAGUUUGUUACCUGUAUAAAGGACACCUGUCCACAGAAGCAAUCAAUCAAUCAAAUUCCAAACUCUCCACCAUGGCCAAGACCAAAGAGCUCUCCAAGGAUGUCAGGGACAAGAUUGUAGACCUACACAAGGCUGGAAUGGGCUACAAGACCAUCGCCAAGCAGCUUGGUGAGAAGGUGACAACAGUUGGUGCGAUUAUUCGCUAAUGGAAGAAACACAAAAUAACUGUCAAUCUACCUCGGCCUGGGGCUCCAUGCAAGAUCUCACCUCGUGGAGUUGCAAUGAUCAUGAGAAUGGUGAGGAAUCAGCCCAGAACUACACGGGAGGAUCUUGUCAAUGAUCUCAAGGCAGCUGGGACCAUAGUCACCAAGAAAACAAUUGGUAACACACUAUGCCGUGAAGGACUAAAAUCCUGCAGCGCCCGCAAGGUCCUCCUGCUCAAGAAAGCACAUAUACAGGGCCGUCUGAAGUUUGCCAAUGAACAUCUGAAUGAUUCAGAGGAGAACUGGGUGAAAGUGUUGUGGUCAGAUGAGACCAAAAUUGAGCUCUUUGGCAUCAACUCAACUCGCCGUGUUUGGAGGAGGAGGAAUGCUGCCUAUGACCCCAAGAACACCAUCCCCACUGUCAAACAUGGAGGUGGAAACAUUAUGCUUUCGGGGUGUUUUUCUGCCAAGGAGACAGGACAACUUCACCGCAUCAAAGGGACGAUGGACGGGGCCAUGUACCGUCAAAUCUUGGGUGAGAACCUCCUUCCCUCAGCCAGGGCAUUGAAAAUGGGUCGUGGAUGGGUAUUCCAGCAUGACAAUGACCCAAAACACACGGCCAAGGCAACAAAGGAGUGGCUCAAGAAGAAGCACAUUAUGGUCCUGGAGUGGCCUAGCCAGUCUCCAGACCUUAAUCCCAUAGAAAAUCUGUGGAGGGAGCUGAAGGUUCGAGUUGCCAAACGUCAGCCUCGAAACCUUAAUGACUUGGAGAAGAUCUGCAAAGAGGAGUGGAACAAAAUCCCUCCUGAGAUGUGUGCAAACCUGGUGGCCAACUACAAGAAACGUCUGACCUCUGUGAUUGCCAACAAGGGUUUUGCCACCAAGUACUAAGUCAUGUUUUGCAGAGGGGUCAAAUACUUAUUUCCCUCAUUAAAAUGCAAAUCAAUUUAUAACAUUUUUGACAUGCGUUUUUCUGGAUUUUUGUUGUUGUUAUUCUGUCAAUCACUGUUCAAAUAAACCUACCAUUAAAAUUAUAGACUGAUCAUGUCUUUGUCAGUGAACAAACGUACAAAAUCAGCAGGGGAUCAAAUACUUUUUUCCCUCACUGUAUCAGUUAAUCAAUCAAUCAUGAGUGUCACAAUAUCCGUGACAUGAAAUAAUACAUUCUGAAUGAAUUAUGUUUGAACUGUGUAUCUAAGUAGUCUUGAGUAGUAUAUGACACAUACAGGUGUAAUAUGUGUAUGUUUACUCUGACAGGAAUGCCACUACCUCCUGCUGUAUCUGUACCACGAGGACAAGGACAGCAUCUUUGUGAAAGAUCCUUGCAUCAAUGUAAGUUUGCUUGGUUCUCUCUCGCUCUCUGUGUCUGUGUCUGUGUAUGUGUGUGUCAAAGUUCACACAAACUCAGCAAAAAAAGAAACGUCCCUUUUUCAGGAUCCUGUCUUUCAAAGAUAAUUUGUAAAAAUCCAAAACACAUUGUAAAGGGUUUAAACACUGUUUCCCAUGCUUGUUCAAUGAACCAUAAACAAUUAAUGAACAUGCACCUGUGGAACGGUCGUUAAGACACUAACAGCUUACAGACGGUAGGCAAUUAAGGUCACAGUUAUGAAAACUUAGGACACUAAAGAGGCCUUUCUACUGAAUCUGAAAAACACCAAAAGAAAGAUGCCCAGGGUCCCUGCUCAUCUGCGUGAACGUGCUUUAGGCAUGCUGCAAGGAGGCAUGAGGACUGUGGCCAGGGCAAUAAAUUGCAAUGUCCGUACUGUGAGACGCCACAGCUGAUCGUCCUCGCAGUGGCAGACCACGUGUAACAACACCUGCACAGGAUCGGUACAUCCGAACAUCACACCUGCGGGACAGGUACAGGAUGGCAACAUCAACUGCCAGAGUUACACCAGGAACGCACAAUCCCUCAAUAGGCUGAGAGAGGCUGUACUGAGGGCUUGUAGGCCUGUUGUCAGUCAGGUCCUCACCAGACAUCACCGGCAACAACGUCGCCUAUGGGCACAAAUCCACCAUCGCUGGACCAGACAGGACUGGCAAAAAGUGCUCUUCACUGACGAGUCGCGGUUUUGUCUCACCAGGGGUGAUGGUCAGAUUCGCGUUUAUCGUCGAAGGAAUGAGCGUUACACCGAGGCCUGCACUCUGGAGCGGGAUGGUCUGGGGUGGGAUGUCACAGCAUCAUCGGACUGAGCUUGUUGUCAUUGCAGGCAAUCUCAACGUUGUGCUUUACAGGGAAGACAUCCUCCUCCCUCAUGUGGUACCCUUCCUGCAGGCUCAUCCUGACAUGACCCUCCAGCAUGACAAUGCCACCAGCCAUACUGCUCGUUCUGUGGGUGAUUUCCUGCAAGACAGGAAUGUCAUUGUUCUGCCAUGGCCAGCGAAGAGCCUGGAUCUGAAUCCGUUUGAGCACAUCUGGGACCUGUUGGAUCAGAGGGUGAGGGCUAGGGCCAUUCCCCUCAGAAAUGUCCAGGAACUUGCAGGUGCCUUGGUGGAAGAGUGGGGUAACAUCUCACAGCAAGAACUGGCAAAUCUGGUGCAGUCCAUGAGGAGGAGAUGCACUGCAGUACUUAAUGCAGCUGGUGGCCACACCAGAUACUGACCGUUAAUUUUGAUUUUGACCCCCCCUUUGUUCAGGGACAUUAUUCCAUUUCUGUUAGUCACAUGUCUGUGGAACUUGUUCAGUUUAUGUCUCAGUUGUUGAAUCUUGUUAUGUUCAUACAAAUAUUGACACGUUAAGUUUGCUGAAAAUAAACGCAGUUGACAGUGAAAGGACGUUUCCAUCUGUGUGUUUCGCAGAUGAGGACCACAUCUUUGUGAAAGAUCCUUGCAUCAACGUAUGUUUUGUUUGGUUCUGUGUAUGUGAAUGCGUGCGUCUGUGCGUGCGUGUUUGCUUGUGUAUGUUUUUAGUGUCUGAGUUUGUAUGUUUGUGUCAACAUUAACUUAUAUUGCUGUCUGUAUAUCACUGUCUGGAUAUAUCACUGCCUUUCAAUGCUAGGUGAGAAACUACACCAGUAUGAUAAAGACUCCGAUGUGGCUGGACAGGGUUGUGGAGAAGCUGCAGGAGAAUCUCUACCAGUCAGUGCAACACUUUGAGUCUGAUGUGUUGCUUAUCUUCACCAACUGUGCCACGUUCAAC